UUUUUUAAUAAAUAAUCAUAUUGUUAAGUUUAGUUUAUUUUUGUGUAAUUUGUUGUGAUCUAUUAAAUUGAUUCUACUACUGUAGGCCUACUUCAGUAUUGAUCCAAGAUAAAAUUUUAUUUAACUCAAUUUUUGGGAAAGAUGUCAAUAAGAAGUUGUAUUCCAUCAGAUAGUCUGAGUAAAAGACAGAAGAACAGAAAGAUUGCUUCAAGAAUUUUGCUAAGCCGUUACCUUUUAUCUGAACGUAGUAAUGAUCUUCAAAACCCAUGCACCUCUGAAGAAACUGAUUCCACUCUAGCUCCUCCAUUAGUGAAUAAUUUUGAUGAAGACAAUGACACAUUUGAGUGUGAUCGUGAAUAUUUGCACACCAGCAGUUCUUCAAGUAAUACUAGUCAAGUAAAAACUCCCACUUGCCAUAAUUAUGUGCAAGAUAGAAUCGAAGGUAGUUCGCUCUAUGUAGCAAAGACACCGUCAACAUCUCACAAUACCUGUGGAGGAAUGGAGUGUAGGCAACAGCAACAGAUGAAGAAAAUGGAAGAACAAAUAGAGAGCAUGGAAAGAACGGUGCAGCUGAUGCUGAAGGAGAUGAAGGAGGUGAGGGAUUUAGUAUCACAGUUUGCCAAGGCUCCUCAAUCCAUGACUGCGAUCGACAAUCCAUUACAGUUGGAGUUUGGUAGAAAAUUUCCUAUUAACACACUAGAAGACUUCAUCGAGCUAGAUGAGUCAUUGAAAGAUGACGAGACAAAAAAUUUGAUGAGCGAAUUCUGUACAAGAGUCGGUGGUAGCUCUGUUGAGGACUCUGUGAGAAGGAUAUUGGUGAGAACGAUAACCAAUGAGGUUGCCAUUAGCUUCAGCUGGGAAGGAAGAAAAGGGAAGAGGCCAUUAAGCAACCUUGCAAUUAUAAAAGUUUUGCAAAAAGUUGUAGCGGCAUCGCAUCCUCACACCUUCACAAUCAAAACUUUUGAAGGAAGGGUGAAGGAAUGGUUCAGACAAGCUGGAACAAGGAUAUUCAACAAAAAUAAGCGGGAACUAUUGCAGAAUUGCAGUGAAAAAAACCUGUAAUUUAUUAUAAUAAAUGUGUAUAUUAUCAACUUUA